AUGAGCUCAAGUAUGUGCAAGGCUAUCGCCAACCUCAAAGGCAAGAGGGAGAUGGUGCAGCCAGAACAAGAUAACCAAGCACGAGCAGCUCAGCUAGCACAAUUGGAAGCAUUUGGCAACGCUUUCAUGUCCUCUUUCCAGCUCCCGGAAUCAAGCGGCUCGUCGUUGGAUCAUUCCGGGGAGUGUGGAGGCAAGAAAAGGCUCUCGAGCAAGAAACGCAAGCGACUCGCACAGGAGCAAGCUGCCGACUCACCAGACAUCGAAGAACAAGCGGCGGCGAAAGAACAAGACGAAAUGGAUCUUCUCUUCAAGCCCACCAAGUCCUCCUCGCAAGCUGAAGCAUCAGGCAGCAUCUCAAAGCAAAGCAGGAAAAAAGCACCAAAAUCUCGAGCCGUCGAAACCGUCGUCUUUGGCGGCGAACAGCAGGCGGACGCAGACGAAGUCAAAGAUGCCAAAAAGGGAUGGAAAGCCUUCAUGUCAUCCAAAAUAGACAAGAUAGCCACUGAAGACCAAGCCUCUACCACCAAGCUCACCACCGCUGAAGAAGAGCAAGAGAAGCAACUCGUCGCCAACGACCGUCUCCUCUCGGAACUUCUCUCCACCACCCUCUUCGCUCCUGGAACAGGAAACACGUCGAAAGGCAAAUCCAACCUUUCCUCAAGCGACACCAUAGCGCGUAUCAUGGAACUUUCAGCAACCGAAUCACAGCGUAAAGGUCAAGCGAUCGGGCGAGGAUGGGGCGAAAAGGAACUGAAACGUCAACAACUAGCCAAAGCUCCAGCAGCCAUUCGACAAGGAAUGAGAAAAGCAGCGGGUGAAAGGAGGGAAAAGGAGAGGGAAAAGGCCAAGGAGUUGGGUACUUGGCAUCCUAGCCUGAAGGCUGGAUAUGGGAACCAGGCCACAGCAACCCAGAUGGGACUUCAAAAGGAGACGAGGAAGAGACAGAGAGGAUUGGGGAUGGGAAUUGGAAAGUUCCAGGGAGGGAUGCUGAAGUUGUCGAGUCAAGAGAUUUCCAAGGUCAAUGGCAAAGGAAAGUCAGCCAGUGCUUCUAGGAAAGGUGGCAAGGGGAAGCGUAAGUGA